AUGACGGUCUGUUUCACCACCUUGUCUCUCUGCUUGAUUUUAGUUUCACUUUCCCUAUGCAGUGAAGCUCACGAGUCUCUUGUAUCAUCCACAACUUCUGGUUUACGCCUAGAUCUCAUCCACCGCGACUUCUCCCCACUGUCACCAUUUUAUAAUCCGUUAGCCACCCAUUCUGAACGCUUAGAAAAUGUUAUUCGUCGUUCAAAUUCACGUCUUGCUCGUCAUUUCAAACCCAAGUGCAUAAGCCCGUCUAAAUCACCAUGUUUAAUUGAAUCCACUCUUCGACAAGUUGAGGGUGACUACCUGAUGAAACUGCUUAUCGGUACUCCACCAGUUGAAAUCCUGGUCACUGCAGAUACAGGGAGUGAUCUAACCUGGAUACAAUGCAAGCCUUGUAAGAGAUGUUUCCAGCAUAUCAAUCCCCUCUUCAAUCAGCGAGCUUCUUCAAGUUACAAGACUCUGAAAUGUACAUCGAAUCAGUGUAAAGCAUUCGAAGGCUUCACUGCCAAAUGUACUCAAAAGCAUAAUAGAUGUCGGUAUAACGUUACAUACGGAGAUGGAUCGUACAGCCAUGGUCAUCUAGCUACAGAGACACUAACUUUCGGAAAAACUUCAAUAGAAAAGUAUGUUUUUGGAUGCGGACACAAUAAUCGGGGUUUAUUUAGUAACAGUAGUUCGGGGGUCAUUGGUCUGGGAAGAGGGGCUCUUUCGAUAGUUAGUCAGCUGGAAGAAUCGAUUCGAGGGAGGUUUUCUUAUUGUCUGGUUCCAUUCUCUCAAAAUGAGACCAGGCAGUUUCGACGCCAUUUUUUCACACCCCUUACGAAACUUUACAAUUUACAUCUUGAAAAGGUUAUCGUUGGAAACAAAUCUUUCGAGGUUCCGGUGGAGAAACCUGGAGGAAGCGUUCAAAGUGGCAACAUAAUGCUCGACUCCGGGAGCUCAAUGACUUACCUUCCAAAGGGUGAAUUCUACGAUAGUAUUGUUUCCGCGAUAAAGGAAGCUAUGAGUGAGGUUGAAACCAUUGAUGAUCCAGGAAGGACAUUUCACUUUUGUUAUAAAACAAAGCCAGAUAUCAAAGCUCCGAGGAUUGGCUUCCAGUUUAAGGAUGCUGCAGUACUAGAAAUCCCUGAGUCGAAUAUAUUUGUGGAGGUGUCGGAUGGGGUGACUUGCUUCACUGUGGCGCCUACUCAUUGGCCUUUUCCGCUCCCCAUCUUUGGAAGCGCAUUGCAGUGGAACUUUGUGGUGUCUUGUGAUCUUCGGAAGAAGAUGGUUUCGUUUCAGGCUACAGAUUGCAGCAAAAAGGUCUAA